GGGGGUCGCGCCGCGGGCCGGGGCAGCAGCAAGAUGCUGCCAACCACGUUGGUUAAUUCUGGGAGCCAGGGCAAUGGUGUGCGGAGCCCCAGAGAUGCUGCGAGACACACGGCCGGAGCGAAACGCUACAAGUACCUCCGGAGGCUCUUCCACUUCCGACAGAUGGACUUCGAGUUUGCGCUUUGGCAGAUGCUUUACCUGUUCACUUCACCACAGAGGGUUUACAGGAACUUUCACUACAGAAAACAGACAAAGGACCAAUGGGCGAGAGAUGAUCCUGCUUUUCUAGUGCUGCUCAGUGUCUGGCUCUGUGUGUCUACUGUAGGAUUUGGAUUUGUAUUGGACAUGGGGUUUUUUGAAACAAUAAAACUGCUACUUUGGGUUGUAUUCAUAGACUGUGUAGGCGUUGGGCUCCUGAUUGCAACUCUGAUGUGGUUCAUUUCAAAUAAGUACUUAGUGAAGCAGCAGAACAGAGAUUAUGAUGUGGAGUGGGGAUAUGCCUUUGAUGUACAUCUGAAUGCUUUCUACCCUCUUCUAGUCAUCCUGCAUUUUAUCCAGCUUUUCUUCAUCAACUAUGUCAUCAUAUCUGAUUCUGUCAUUGGGUAUUUUGUUGGGAACACAUUAUGGCUGAUUGCAAUUGGCUAUUACAUCUACGUGACAUUCCUAGGAUACAGUGCAUUGCCCUUCUUGAAGAACACAGCUAUUCUUUUGUAUCCAUUUGCACUUCUCAUCAUGCUCUAUUUGAUCUCAUUAGCAUGUGGAUGGAACUUCACCAAGAUGCUUUGUUCCUUUUAUAAGUACAGAGUGAAAUAAAACCAGGACUUCAUGUAUCUAAUGUUUAUUUUGUUUCUACCGUAGCCAUUUUGACAGUAAAGAAAAAAUUAAGAACAUUUUGUAAAUGGUUGUAAAUUUCUCUUUAUUGUAGAUAAUUGUGUAAAAAAGUUUGAAGUGUCCUUUUUUAUUAAAAUAUUUACAACAGUAAA